AUGCCUGGAAUUACUAUUCGCUGGGAAGACCCUGAGAAAUGGCAGACUACCAUGCAAAAGGUAGAACAGCUACUCGAACAGCAUACGGGACACAAAAACUAUCCCUCAACAAAGAGUCUUCCGCCGAUCAUGUUCGGUGUUGAUAUGCCACAGAAAGGCAUUGAUGAGUUGAAGGAAUUGGACGGUGUAAUGGUGGACGUCCAUGAUGAUAACUGA